AUGAGGGACAACACACAGGCGGAAAUAUUGGCGGCCGGUGCGGUGGCAGCGUUUACUGUUGACCUCCUUGUUUACCCCUUGGAUACAAUAAAGACUCGAUACCAGAGUCAAGGUAUUGUUGGUCAGCCAGGACGUCCAGCGCCGGUAUCUCAUGGGCUCAGAGGUCUAUACCAAGGAAUUGGUAGUGUGGUUUUUGCGACAUUGCCUGCCGCUGCAAUAUUUUUCAUCAGUUAUGAAUCUGCAAAGUCUGCCCUGAAGUUUUCUUUGCCCAGUACAGCCCCCCAGCCAGCAAUCCACGCUCUGGCUUCAGCUGGCGCCGAACUGGCUUCGUGUACUGUUCUCACACCAGCUGAGGUGAUCAAGCAAAAUGCUCAAGUCUUACAGCGUUCCAGCUCUUCUGGUCAUAGCAGAUCAUCGUCCAUCGAAGCAUUGCACAUGGUGUGGCGGAGUGAGGGAGGCGCCGGACGAAGAUUAUGGACAGGCUACACUGCUCUUGUCGCCAGAAAUCUGCCUUUCACUGCACUCCAAUUCCCGCUGUUUGAGAUCUUUCGGGGCCAAAUUUGGAACUGGAAGAGGGGAGGUGCAGAAUCAUCACACACACGGAAAGACUACGCGGACAGUGACCAACUACAAGACACCAGGCAGUCGAAGGAGACGCGCCAGAAUGGCCUCAAGUCGGCUCUUGUCGAGACAGGUUUGGUGACGGGAGCAAGUGCUGCAGUCUCGGGCAGCCUUGCAGCGUUGCUGACCACUCCAUUAGAUGUGGUCAAAACGAGGAUUAUGCUCAACGCCGGGAGCUCAUCAGCCCCGGAAACCACAUGGGAAAUUACGAGCAGGAUAGUCCGAAAAGAGGGGGUGCGUGGCAUCUUUCGAGGAGCUAUGCUUCGUGGGACAUGGACGGCCCUGGGGAGUGGCCUAUAUCUGGGCUCAUACGAAAUGGCCAAGAUUUGGCUCAAGGGGACAUCACCAGACCAUCCUAACUUCUCUUGA